AUUCAAUCGGACAGCAACACACCUUUAGAAAGUUAUCCCUUGCCCUUAAACAUCCUAUCUUCACCGAAAUAAGGAGACAUGGGGGGCAAGUCUGCUACCAAGGCCGCUUACUUCGACAAGCUGAAGAGCCUUCUCGAUGAGUACAAGACGGUCUUCAUUGUCGGUGUCGACAAUGUCAGCUCUCAGCAGAUGCACGAGAUUCGUCUGAGUCUCCGUGGUGAGGGUGUUGUCCUGAUGGGUAAGAACACCAUGGUUCGCCGUGCCAUCAAGGGCUUCGUCACCGACAACCCGGAGUACGAGCGUCUCCUUCCUCAUGUCAAGGGCAACGUUGGUUUCAUCUUCACCAACGGCGACCUUAAGGCCACCAAGGAGAAGAUCCUUGCCAACCGUGUCGCUGCUCCUGCUCGUGCUGGUGCCGUCGCUCCUGCCGAUGUCUACGUUCCUGCUGGUAACACCGGUAUGGAACCCGGUAAGACCUCGUUCUUCCAGGCUCUCGGUGUCCCCACCAAGAUUGCUCGUGGUACCAUCGAAAUUACCACCGAUCUUAAGCUCGUUGAGUCCGGCGCCAAGGUCGGUCCCUCUGAGGCUACCCUGCUGAACAUGCUCAAUAUCUCUCCCUUCACCUACGGUAUGACCAUCUCUCAGGUCUACCAGGACGGUCAGACCUUCGGUGCCGAUGUUCUCGACAUCGAGGAGGAGCAGCUGCUCAAGGCGUUCAGCAGCGCCAUCCAGACUGUCACUGCCCUCUCUCUGGCCACCGGCUUCCCCACCCUUCCUGCUGUCAUGCACUCCCUUGUCAACAGCUACAAGAAGGUUCUCGCCGUUGCUGUCUCUACCGAGUACAGCUGGCCCGAGAUCGAGGAGCUCAAGGACCGUAUCGCCAACCCUGACGCCUACGCCUCCGCUGCUCCUGCUGCCGGUGCCGCUGCUGCCGCUGGUGGUGCCGCUCCCGCCGAGGAGAAGAAGGAGGAAGAGGAGGAGGAGUCCGAUGAAGACAUGGGCCUCGGUCUUUUCGACUAAACUUCUCGUCUCAUUGCGCGAGAUGCGACCACCAUGUUUUAGAUACAUUUACGGCCAAUCGUGACGGUUGGAAAAAUGAAACGAAUUUCAUGGUCGAUUUUUCUUGUUCAACUAGAUGUGGACGUAGACGUACGGUCCACUAUCUUCUUGAAUCUUAAGAUCAUUCAUGCGCAUGUGGUGUAGUAGUAUGUCUCGAUUUGGAUUCGUAGUACCACGCUGUUUCUGCACGAGGGUUCAGUCUAUGGAUUUGGAUUGUUUACUGUCUCAGAUGAAAUAUACUGCUAGGUAAGACUCGUGCAAGGGUUAUGGAUUCUUAUUCAGACACUUAUAUAAUAUCAUUCAUGGAAUGAAACAAUUGAUCUAACCUUGCGUAUCAUA